AUGCGCGAAGCGUCCUCGACCUCGAGCUCCUCACCGUGCGAAUCCAUCCAUCGAUCGAUCGAUCCUUCUUCCUUAGUCGCAUCUCCUCCUCGUCUGGCGUCGAAUUUGACCAUCCGUCUUCGAUUCCUUGGGGAUCUGGAGAUUUGAAGUGCUCGCUCUCCCUUGGAAGUAUCCGCUUCGUUUGGCCUUCGUGGGGAAACGAACAGGAGUCGGACGAAUCGAGGUUGGGUUACUACUGAUAUGGGAGGCGGCAAUCCAGAAACUGUGAAUUUGGAGGUUUGCUUCAGGAGCCUUAUGGUUGCCGGCGGCAGCCAAGAGAAGGUGGAGAGGUCAAUGGUGGUUAUGCAAGGUUGGAAGGAUCUUCCUGUGGAGCUACUGCUUCGAAUCCUCUCUCUCGUGGGUGAUGAUCGCACUGUGGUUGUGGCUUGUGGUGUUUGCAAAGGGUGGAGAAUUGCUCUGAGCCUGGGGCUUACAAAUCUCUCGCUUGCAUGGUGCAAAAAUAACAUGAACAAUCUUGUGCAAUCGCUUAUCCCUAAGUUACCAAAGCUGCAAGUUCUAUCGCUUCGGCAAAAUUACAGUCCUCAACUUGAGGACAAUGAUGUUGAGACUAUAUCCAAGCACUGCCAUGAAUUAAGGGAUUUAGACCUUAGCAAAAGUCAGAAACUAACUGACCGUUCAUUGUAUGCUUUGGGCCAUGGAUGUCCCCACUUAGCAAAACUCAACAUAAGUGGAUGCUCAGGUUUUACUGAUGCUUCCCUUGAAUAUCUGGCAAGAUGUUUUAAAAAUUUAAAAUACUUGAAUCUCUGUGGAUGUGCAAAAGCUGCAUCUGACCGAGCUCUACAUGCUAUUUCAUGCAAUUGCAAUGGCUUACAGUCAUUGAAUCUUGGUUGGUGUGAGGGCGUCAGUGACAAGGGAGUUAUCAGUUUGGCAGCAGGUUGCCCUGAUCUCCAAGCUUUGGAUCUGUGUGGUUGUAUUCUCAUCACCGAUGAGAGUGUGGUUGCAUUGGCAAAUGGUUGCCCGCGACUAAGGUCCCUCGGCCUGUACUACUGCCAAAACAUCACCGACAGAGCCAUGUACUCGCUAGCCAAUAGUCUAGUGAGUAGCAAGCAUGGACCAUGGAAAAUCAAAAAAGGUUACCAGAGUGGGCUGAUGAGCCUCAAUAUCAGCCAGUGCACUGCCUUAACUCCGCCUGCUGUUCAAGCCGUCUGCAACUCAUUUCCAGAGCUGCAUACUUGUCCUGGCAGGUAUUCGCUCCUUAUUAGUGGCUGCCUUAGUCUUACCUCUGUGCACUGUGCCUGUGCUGCCCAAGAUAACCGUGCCAGUAGAUCUGCAUUUCCAAAUCACGCUUACUGAAGAUCAUGAAAUAUUUAACAUGCAAAAGUUUCUGUACAAAGAAAAUUGAAGGUCAAAACCAUUAUCCGUGAAUAAGAAAAAUUCAGUGUGCGGUUUUGCAUCGUGGAUUUGAAUAUCCACAUUGCUAGAUGCAAAUGCUUGGAACAAGUAGUUUGUUUUUUCCUGUUUGAGUAACGAUUCACUAUACAUUAUUUGGUUUCCUCCUCUCCUGCGUGUAAACAAUAAAACAAAAGCUUUCUGCUAUCAAUGAAUUCUAGUUCUUAUGUUGCUA